AUGCCAUCGUACGCGGAGAUCGCCGGCUCCAUCAUGGCGAUGGCGCUCACCACGGACCAGACGCUCUUCAUACUGUACCACUCCAACAGCUACGCGGCGAACCCGGUGAUGCUGCGCAGCUCGAAGCCGAUGGUGAUGCGUGACGUGUUCCUGACGCGGAGCAACGCCUUCUACCCGAACCCGCUGUCGUGCCUGUACGUGACCAACGGCACGGACUGCGUCGUCAACUGCGUCAUGGCGUGGGCGGUGGCGAAGCCGCUGACCGAGGUGCUGGGGUGGCGGCACGCGACGGCCGUGUACGUUGGUGCCGGGCUGUUCUCCAGCUUCGCCUACGUGUUUGCUGCGCAGGUGAGCCGUACGAAGACAAACUCGCCGUUCGACUGCAACGCCACGAGUAACGGCGCCUACGCCGGCUACGCGACGCUGUCGCUGAUGAUGCGCGGGUCCUACAUCCCGUACCUGAAGCGCGUGCCCAUCAUGUGGGCCGGCGUGCCGUACCUGCUGAAGUGCACCUACGACGAGUACGUUUCGCCGAGGCUGGUCGAGCGGCGGCGGGCCGGCGACAUCGAGCUGCGCAACUGGGGGUUUGUCGGCGGCGUCUUCUUCACGCUCAUCUACAGCUCUCUGUUCUUCCGCACUCGAAAGGACUUUAGCCUGGCGAGAAAGUUUUUCCAGAACCUGCCACCGCGCGCCGCAGUGGGAAAGUAG